AUGUCACCCCAGCCAGAUCACGUUGACCACCUCUUCUCCCGGCCCUCCGUGUACGAGACCCUCUUUUCCAUGCUCUCCCCGAGGGAGUCGAUCCAAGUUUCGCGAUCCUGUCAAGCUGCUCACGACGCCUACUUGAACUUCACUCAUCGCGCCUACGACAUCAACCGCCACCUCUUCUACUUCUUCUCCGACCCCGUAGCCUUCCGCUCCCUCCAAGCUCGCACCGGGACAUUGAUAUCGGGUUCCGAUGCACUGCAGUUUCUGGAGAGGACCGUGUAUCCUGGGUCCAACCUCAAUAUCUACACUCACCCCGGUCAUACUCUUGAAGUCUUAGAUUGGCUAGUCAACGCCGAGGGGUAUCGCUACGCGCCCUUUCCACGUCGUCCACGAAACUAUCGCGACGAUGUCAAGCCAUGGGACCCUCAGCAGAGCUCGAUGCGAUGGAAUACAUGGGUCCGCGACAACGGUACCGGGGAAAACGGUCUAGGAAAGAUCUACCCCUUUACCAAAGUGUCGGGUUACGGAGGCGAGAGGCUGAGAGUGCAGGUCAUGGAAGCUCAUAUGAGUCCUUUCAUUGCGAUCACUUCAUUCUACUCCACCUGUACGAUGAAUAUCAUCGCGUUCGACUGCGCAUACUCCCUAUAUCCCGUUCAGACCUUCGAAGAUCGAGAAACUCUCGUGACGUCGAAGGAGAUCGACAAAUCCCACAUUGACAAGUACACCCGUAGAGGCUGGAGCGUCGUCCGAGUGCCGUUCUGCCCCGCCGACGCCCGCUACAAGACAUCGAGAUGGCAACCUGCUGCAUUCCGAACGCCGCUAGAUUCGAGGACCUGGAGAGUUCGCCUGGACAUGACCGGCGUCGAAACGCGCCCAUCCCUAAAUCCCCCUCCCUUGUCCACUAGCCUCCCAUGGGACCCUGUCGUAGCGAACAGUUGGGAGCUCAAUACCCUGGAUGCAUGCCAGAAAGGCGCUGCUUUGCCCGAUCACUCGGACUGUACUCAGCCGGCGAUGACUUGUCAUCACUCGCAGCUUCACUCUGGGUUCUUCCGCUAUACCUACGCUGUCGCCGAUGCUGCCCUCCCGAUGUUCAUAGACCAGUACGGCAACGAUGAUAUACGUAGGAAUCCUCAGGCAUGGCUCGACGCAGAGUUUCCGAGAUAUGUUCAAAAAGCGCUCGGCGAGCUCUUUCGGAUGUCAGGAGGAGACACAUUUCCUGCGAUCAGCGAGCAGAUGGCCUACCUGUCUAACUUGCUCCCAAAUCGCCAAGCGUCAUCCUCGUCCAUGCAGCAACCCAUAUCUGUCUCGACGCCGUCUCCAGCACCCCUAUCUCGGCCAUCGCAGAUCACUCCCGAUAGCCGCACCUCGAACGCACCUUCAUUGAAGCAUAAUCUUGCACAAGCGCUGCCUCGCCUUCGGGGCAUGUUCGAGUAACUCUGUCAUUGGACCUUGGUUUACGUUGUGUCAGUCUCAUGUUUAUAGCCAUCGAACUUCGUCCAUCCCUUCUUUCGCCCGUUCUCCUGUAUCUAUCAUUGUUCAAACUUCGAAGUCAAUGGUAAUUUCUUUAGCACCUGUGCACUUCUAACACUGAGACCAUUCAUUUUCGUAUACGCUGAUCAUAACGUUGACCAGGAUGAUCCCUAUGCUGCUAAAAGCUCUUGAAGGUAGCGGCUUCCUCCACGGUGUUCCAUCGCUCCCUUCCUUUCAUCUAUCCAUAGCUUGGCAUGUCGCGCCGGCCGGGCUCCGUUUAUCAGAUCUUGUCAUUGAUACCGG